AUGCCUCAAGACGUCAUAGUGCUAUAUAAUUAUUACAAGACAUGUCAUUAUGAACGUUCUUGCACUUGCAACAAUUUUUUUUGCACUGAACCCUGUCUUGAACUGGAAAGUUUGCAACUUAUUGGGUUUGGAGAAUUUUCCAUAACUCGAUUGUUUCGACUGCAUCGGAUUGGAAUACCACCUUCUUUCCUUCUUCACAGUAGUCAGAGGAUUAUACUUAAAUUAAUAUAG